AAAAAUGCUUUGGUGAACCCGGAAGAAUAUUUUGUUUUAAUCCUUUCCCAUUAUCUCAUCGCGAAAUGUGAACUAUCAAGCAAGCUGCAACAGUGUACUUUAAUUAUUUGUAAAUAUGCGGUAGUUAGCAAAACGGCUAAAGUUAAUCUACUGUAUUUCAAUUAUAAUAAUCUGCGUCAAGGAAACCUUUCAAAAGAUGUUGAGGCUGUAUGACCCCAUCGAUCUCUGUGGAACAUGCUGAUCCUGUUUGCCUUGGUGGUUCGGGUCAGGGAUGGUCUGCCCCUGUCAGCCUCCACAGACUUCCAUCACAACCCCGAGCUGCAGGAAAGGAAACAGCAGCUGAGGACGGUUUCCAAAGCCCUUGGCCUGUUCCCUGACAGAGGGGUGGUCAAGGGUCAUGACCUUAAUAUAUAUUUCCUGUCCAGUGAGGGUGUGUCUUACAUGAGUGUGUGUGGUGCCAGCCUCCCUGCUGCCACAGCCUUCUGUUUCCUGGAGGAUCUGCGCUGGGACUUCACAGCACGCAUCGACAAGGCCAAGGUUACCCUGGCAACCAGGCCGUACCCUUUUCUGGAGUUCGACAACAGUAUAGCUCGGCUGCAGCAGCAGUACAACCAGAAGGGAGCUCCAGCCCUGGAGGUGACAUUGACUGAGGUCCAGGAGGAUCUGAAGACACGCCCACUGCAGAUCCUCACCCCGGAAGAGGUGGAGCUUACCAACAAGGCAUCCAAUGGACAUGCAGAGCAACUUCCUGACUCUGGUCAGAAUCUGAGGUUAGAGCCGGUCACCGCCCCAGGAAUCCUCUCCUUGGUCCUCAACAUCAUGUGUGCUUCUCUCAACCUCAUUAGGGGAGUUCACCUUACAGAAUACACCUUCCAGGAUGAUUAUGAAGGGGUCUGGAAUGUGGGGGCAUUCCUGCUGGCGUUCUUCUGCUGCCUGUGUCAGUGUCAUCUGUACCUGUUCCACUCCCCUCUGAAGAAGGUCAAGUCUUUCAGCCUACUGAGUGUCAUAGUGCUCUGUAACUGCUUCCUGUUUGGUCUGAGAAACGUCUGGCAGUUCCUGUUCCACCUGGGAGUGGCCGUCCUCGCCACCCUGCUCACCCUCAACAGGAAACUUCACGACAGAACCAAUGACUGUGGAGUCUGAGGAAAUGGGGGACUGUUUAGCGUGUCGCACCAAUACUGUAGGCAGUUUACAUCCAAGUUAGUGGAUACCUUUUUAAGAUUAAUGACGCAAGCCAUGUACUAUUAGACACCAGAGCAAUAUCAGCUCAGAAUAAUCUACUUAAUUCAGUGAUUUAGAGUGGAAAGAUUAGGAUUUUGGAGGUCAGUUCCUCUUCUGCCUCUGACUACAUCCAGAAAGGAGAGAAGGACCCACACCACAUGGUGAUGUGUGCUAGCGGUCAGUUUGACAUCCUUUUAUUACUGGAAUUAACAUUUCUUUAAUUUGUUCUGUUGAUUUAUUUACAUGUGUAUUUGCACUAAAAAUACAUGGCGUCCAAGGCUGGUUUGAGGAGUCACUAGAGGGAUGAUUUUGAGAGGUUCCUCAAAUCUGUUUCUACAAAUGAAGUCUACAUUUGGUCAUUUGGAUUUGUGAUGUGAAGGCUCCAGCUCACUAACUGAUCAAUCAGACCAGGGCUCCAGCUCACUAAUUGACCGAUCAGACCAGGGCUCCAGCUCACUAACUGACCCAUCAGACCAGGGCUCCAGCUCACUAACUGAUCAAUCAGACCAGGGCUCCAGCUCACUAAUUGACCGAUCAGACCAGGGCUCCAGCUCACUAACUGACCCAUCAGACCAGGGCUCCAGCUCACUAACUGACCAAUCAGACCAGGGCUCCAGCUCACUAACUGACCGAUCAGACCAGGGCUCCAGCUCACUAACUGAUGUUUUAGGCAAAAUACUGAUGAUAGCUGUGAGCUGCUAAAGUUCUGUGUUAGUGUAGCCGUAGUUACUGGAGUUCUGUAACUCAGUGGAGCAGAGACACUGAGAGCUCUGCUCAUUUUGGUGUAUCCCAGCUGUACCUGUGCUGCUCAGCCUGAGAAAUGUGAAUGUACACACUCAACAUCAUGCGUGGCAAGAACCCAGACGAACCUCACAUUGGUCAUGGGUCUCGCCGUCCAUACCCAGACGAUCAGAGUGGCAAUGGGAUCCUUGAAAAAAAGGUUGUUAGGGAUGCAAAUGUCCAUGCUCUUUUGGUUUCCCCCAAAAAAGAUGGAAUCUUUGAAACUCCUGGCGGCUGAAGUGAAAGGACAGACGGAUGGUGGGAGUGCUCUCCUAGUAUAUAACCUGCUGUACUUUUUGGCUAACGUCAAGUGCAUGCAUUCAAAUUUCUCAGGCUGUGUUACACAAUUCCAGCUGGAAUAAACCAAUAGGAGCAGGGCUUCCCUUAUGGGGAGGAGGUCCACGAAACCGAACUAGCCCCUCUAGCCUGUCAUGAGCUCUGGUUAACAAUGUGUAUUUUUGCUUCUAUUGAAUUGAUGAAUCAAAGUGUCUGGCCAAAGUAUUUGUUUGUGAUGACAAUAAAAUCAUGUGAUGUUGAUGCAGAAAGUUUACAGAGCAAGGGGUGCUUCACAUCCUAUUUAAUUUAUAAUGUGUUAUAAUGUAUAAUGAUCCCUUAAUAUAGUGGUCACUGUUUUACUUUGUAGAAAGUUAAGUUGUUUAUUUCUCAAGGAAUUGGAGUUCAGGGUUUUCUAGCUUAGAAAGUGAGAUUCUUUAUUGUUAUAUUGGAUCAAGUGUUUGGUUCAAGUAUAUAUUAUACUGCUGGUUAUGUUGCUUGGUUACAGUGUGGGUAUGAUUUUAUUUGUGAUGUCUGAAGCAAUCUGGCUAACAUCUAAAUAUAGGGAAAUUAAGUUAUAUUUAAUACAGUAGCUAUUAUGAGUUUAAUAUGCUAAAUAUUUUUGCUGCGGUUGCAUUUUGUAGUGAUAGAAGCAGAUAGUUGUGAUUCUGAAGCCUUACUGUCUGUCUUUGCAAAUAUCUUUAUCUCCUCAUCUCUAAGGGCUCUGUUCAUAUUGAACAACAUGUUGUUUUUUACUGUGUGUAAUUAGGUGAAUAAUUCCUAAUAUAAAGAAUUUGAACAGAUGUGUGACCCAUGAUCAGAAAAAAGCUGACUUUCUUUCCUUCAAUUUAAGAGGAAAUUGUACUGAUGUUAUGCCUGUAAAAUAUUCAAACCCUUUCUACUGAAAUUAACUCAAGAGUCUGAGACAUUCAGGGAGAGAUAUGUAGAUCCUGUUUCUCAGAUACAGCACUGUAGUGGAAUGUCCUGUUUGUUUUAAAUCAGAGAACAAUGACUUUGCAAUACACUUGGAUUUUGUUACAAGUUGUCUAAUGACUAUUGAACUGGCAAGUGAGUGGAAAUACUUUUUAGAUUUGAUAUGGUUCUGAAAUUUGUAUUGCAAUGUUAGAUGCUGCCACUUAAUCCUGAGGUGUUUAAUAAGUCUGAAUCAGUCAGAACAGUGUUAUAGCUGCUUUUAAGUGCUGAUAACCUCAACAGGUCUGUAUCAUCGCUCAUGGACGGACAUAUUGGCUCCUUUCUGCUUUCUUUAAAUUACUUCAUUUGUCUCUGAGAAUAUAUUGAAAUUGACACAAGUGUUUGGUGUCCACAAUGUUUUUACUCACUGUUAAUAUUAAAACCUUUGCUUUUGAUCCGGUACCUAAUAUAUCAUUUUAAAUCAGAAAAUGAACAGAAAUGACAUUGACAAAAUGAUUUGCACCCUGGACUCCCAUUGCCAUGGAUGAGGCCUUUCUCGUGCGCUGGCAUUUUGGCCCUCUCUCUCUCCUCGUGCACAUGGACUUGUUGCCUUGAGAUUGUGCUUAGCUGGAAUGUUGUCUGACCUCCCCAGGCAAUUCUCUGGAUCUGUUCUCCAUGCUCAUUGAUACAAACCCAGUGACACACAACAGGAGAAUGAGUCCUUUUCUCUGUAUGGACUGGUUGAGUGAUUUUCAUAUUACAGAAACUGAAACUUAUCACAGGUACUUUCAAAUUCAAGUAGAAUCACCCUUUUGAAAUAGUUAAUUCUAGAAGGGGCCAGUAAUAUUGACGGGACCAUUUCUGUUAUUUAGUAAAUAAUUCAGAUGUUGUUCAGUUGCAAAUGGUUCAUUAUUUGAAUAAAGUAUCAGGGUGCCAAUACUUUACAGGAGGGCCAUUGGAUGUGUUAUUACUGUGUAGUACCUGCUGCUCUAACUGACCUAUAAUGGGUUUAUUGUAUUAAUUUCCUAUGUUGAAGGCUGCUAAUGUCAAGGAGUCCUUUUUUGGAAGAGAGUCUUAAUGUUUUAAUCAGCGUUGGCUGUUUGAUAUAAAUGUUUUAUGUCUUUCAUAAUAUUGUUUGACAAGAGAUUCAGUUUGUGACAUGUUGUUUGCCUAUUGAGUGUUUUGCAUUUUUCUGUUUACAUUUUCUAAUGGAAACAAAGAAUACAACUGUCUAAAAGAUGAACUCAUCAAGUUGACCAAAUUAACAAUGUUGUUAAUUGUUGCUGUAAUCUUUGUAAAUUGAGAUUUUAAACUAAACACUGUUCAAGUUCUUCUGAUGUACUAUUUCUAAUAUACGGUUCAAAGCUUCAAUGCCUAAAUGCUACCAAGCCAUUCCAUGAAGGCCAAACAGCUGCAGUAGGCCUGUUAAACACAUAUAAUCCCAAAUUACACACUAUUGCCUAAAUAGUGCCCUGCUUUUGACCAGGUCAAAAAGGGCUUUUGGUUUGAAAUGAGUAUGAAGCGAAUAGGGUGCUGUUUUGGAUUUGUAACUUUCUGGCACUGGCAGCGUGACCUACCUGAGAUGUUCCCUUGGUAACUGUACUCUGACAGUUUACUGGUGACGAUAAAGGUUUAAAUAUUCAUCUUUCACCAGUUUCGUCCUGUAGUCUUCAGAGGGUCCAUGUUAGCCACCUUCUGCAUGUUCUUUUGAACGUCCUUUACACAAGAUUCAGUUCCAUUAAAAUGGAUUGAAGAAGCAAAGCCAGAACCCUGGUGUCCCCAGUGGCAGCUUUGAGAUAUUUAUUAAACUGCAGGCUUUGGUAAAA